AUGGCGCCGGGGGAGGGGAGGGGAGGGGACUUGUGUGUCUACCUCGUCUCCUGCGUGCUCCUCUUGGCGAUUGUCAGCGGUGGCGCCUUCCUGGCGGUGUACAUCGCCCUUCCGGCCUCCGACGCGACGGCGUGGUUCCUGGUGGCCGGGAUGGUGCUCGUGUCGACACCGUGGGUCUUCUGGACCGCCACUUGCCUGUACAGAGCCCUGUCGAUGAGGAGAGCCACGCGAGGGGGCGGAGCGGACCGGCCGCCGGCGGGGAGGCCCGCCGGAGGCGGCGGACGCGCCACGGUGGCGAUGGUCGCCCAGGAGGACGCGGCGGUUGAUUACCCCGGCGGGGCUCGGCGUGUUCGUUUCGGCGGCGCCAUCGUUUUGGGAGGGUCGCAGGAAGCUCCGCCGGGAGUGGCACCGCCGGAGGACGAAGGUGGCUCCGCCGCCGCCGCUGCCGCUGCCGACGGGUCCUCCCACACCUCUCACGAGAGCGAACUGCCUCUCUUCAUGUCGUCUUGA